AUGGCCAUUGCAACCCUUGCCCCUUUAUUCUUCCUGCUCCCAGCAGUGCUUGGAAGCAAGCCUCGCUGCUUCGAAUUUGAGCACCCAAUCCAUGUCUCUCUGACUGUCCCGAAAUUCAGCGUUCCUGAUUUCUCCAGCAGCAUUGAGUCAACCGCUUUCUUGACUGCGUCUAUCUCUCGUAAUGCCAAUCUCAGCUCGCUUGUGGUCGGAGAGACGAAGAUUGACCGGAGCUUCAACAUCCACUUCCAGUACUGCGAGCCCGAUGACUGUAAGCGCAGCCCUGAGGUGCUGCAGGUACUCUCCCAUGGAGUCGGCUUUGAUCAUUCAUACUGGGACUUUGGCGGCAAGGAGUACAACUAUAUAACCUCCGCAACAGCCCACGGCUACGCAACCCUCUCCUAUGACCGCCUGGGCGUCGGCCGCUCUGCGCUCGCAGACGCAGACCCCUACUCGGAGAUCCAAGUGCCCACCCAAGUGGCUAUCCUCGCCGAAAUAUCUUCCUUACUACGAGCUGGCAACUUAUCCCGCAAAAUCGGCACCCUACCCAAGAAGCUCGUUCACGUCGGCCACAGCUUCGGGUCCCUCAUCACCAACGGCCUCGUCGCGGCCAGCCCCGCUCUCGCCGACGGCAUUGUUCUCACGGGGUUUAGCCAUAAUAUCUCGUGGACGCCGUUGUUCGAGCUGUGCCUGGGGUUUGAGCUCGCGCGGAGCAAUAACCCGGCCAGGUUCCACGGCUACGACUCUGGGUAUCUGACCUGGGGCAAUCAGUACGAUAACCAGUGCGCGUUUUACACGUACCCCUUCUUCGACUCGCGGGUCCUGGGCGAGGCGGAACGCCGCAAGGCACCGUUUGCCAUUUCCGAGCUGCUCUCCUUUGCUAGUAUACCUCUUACAGCGCCAAACUUUACCAGGCCUGUCCUUUUAAUCUCAGGCCAAUCCGACCUCCCAUUUUGCGGCGGCGACUGCACGGGCGUGUUUGACGGCCCCGCGUCUGUAUCGCGAUUUGUCUUUCCAGCGGCCUCGCCAUUCGCCUCGUAUAUUCAUCCGAAUACGGGACAUGCGUUGAAUUUGCAUCACAAUGCUUCUGCCGCGUACGAGGUAAUUCACAAGUUCGUCAAGGAGCAUGUCAACUAA